UACCCCUGAGACUCAAUACAACGUGUCCAAUAUUUACAGUAUUCCCCUCUCUCUCUCUCUCCCUCUGUUAUUCAACAAUUAUUAUCCGUUUAUAUUUUCCAGUGAAGUAUGGCUUGACGAGAUGUACCCGAACUAGCGUUGAUGGCCCCCAAGCUGUUGUAGAUGGAGUAUAUGUAGUACCACACAUACCCCCGUCACUCGGCGCACGCACACGAACACAAAAACACACAGCCGCACACGCACGCUCGCCGCGCUCCCCAUCUCCACAUGUCAAACACAUAUCAAGAAGCACAAGAAUCGGCGCCAUGGCUAUGAUUAUGCUGCCCGCGGCCUCGGCCGCCGCCGCUGCCUCCGUUUUGGCGCUCCUCGUGCUCACCUCGCUGCAGCCGCGCGCGGCGCGGGCGCAGGUAGCGUCCUCGCCGUGGGCGGCGCCGGCGCCCUGGCCCGGCGAGCUCGACUGCACGGGCGCGCUGCUGAACCUCUCCUCGUGCCUCACCUACGUGGAGUACCGGAGCACGCUGACCCGGCCGGACAAGGGCUGCUGCGGCGCGCUCGCGGGCGUCGUCGACGGCGAGGCCGCCUGCCUGUGCGGACUCGUCGGCGGGUACGGCGCGUACGGGGUCCGCGUCGACGCCGUCCGCGCCCUCGCGCUGCCCACCAUCUGCCGCGUCGACGCGCCCCCGCCCAGGCUCUGCGCCGCGCUCGGUGUGCCCGUCGCCGAGCCGCCGGGCGGCGCCGUGCCGGAGGAGUCAGGGUUGUCCGGCGGCAUGCCGGCCAACGCACCGUCAACGGCGGCCACCGGCAGCAGCGGCGGCGGCGGUCCGGCGACGCACCGACCCACAAGACGCCACCUGAUUCUUCUUCUGCUGCUCCUGGUGUUCCCCGCUUCGCUGCUGCUCCUGUAAAACUACCCCGUCACACCGGCAAGCAGCACACAUCUGACCUGUACAUGCAUGUACACCGUUCGUCGAUUCAAUUCCUCUCAGAAUUCUUCCGUGACAUUGCCCA